AUGGCAGUAAUAAUGGCUUUGCAUGGUCAUUAUUAUAAUAACAUAAAGUUGGGAAAUCAGCGAAGAGAACUACACAAUCUCAGUUUUCCAGGUUCAAUUUCAGUUCAUAAAUUGCCAAAGUAUAGAAGGUCAAAAUCUGAUAAGUCAGAGAAUGAUAAAUUUCCUAGUUUCCUGGUUGAAAUGCGACAGACAGAAUUACCUCCAUCAACAUAUGGUACUAAUGGUAGAGUUGUUAAAAUGGUUCCAGCAAAUGAGGUAGUGAAAAGAAAGACAAUGUCAGAGAAUAAAGUGGAAAUGGGGAGCAGUUCAAAGCAAGCUGUUAAUGGAGCAAGUUUGGUAAGAAGAGAUCCUAGCCCAUCCUUGACAAAGACAAUGAAAUCUGGAGCCUCUAAAGAAUUUCCACCGCUGGAAGAGCUAAAAGUUUUGCCUUCAGACGAAGGCUUCAGUUGGGCGAAUGAAAAUUACAACUCCGUGCAGAGAUCUAUUGAUGUUUGGUCUUUUGUUAUUUCUUUACGUAUUCGAGUUCUGUUGGACAAUGCAAAAUGGGCAUAUUUGGGUGGCUUUACAGAAGAAAAGCAAGUAGGUUCUGGAAGUUAUUUUAAAAGAAGAAGGCAGAAAACUGCUGCAUGGCUGAGGGAGUCUGUAUUACAGCUUGGCCCAACUUUCAUUAAACUUGGACAGUUAUCGUCAACAAGGUCGGAUCUGUUUCCCCAGGAGUUUGUAGAUGAGCUUGCAAAAUUGCAGGACAGGGUGCCUGCUUUUUCUCCAAAGAAAGCAAGAGUCUUUAUUGAGAGUGAAUUAGGAGCUCCCAUUAAUGUAUUGUUUAAAGAGUUUGAAGAUCGGCCUAUUGCUGCUGCUAGUCUUGGUCAGGUUCAUCGAGCUAUUCUACACAAUGAAGAAAAAGUAGUUGUCAAAGUUCAAAGGCCUGGCCUAAAGAAGCUUUUUGACAUUGACUUGCGAAACUUAAAGCUGAUUGCAGAAUAUUUUCAAAGAAGUGAAACUCUAGGUGGUCCAACAAGAGAUUGGGUUGGUAUAUAUGAAGAAUGUGCAACGAUUUUGUAUCAAGAAAUUGAUUAUAUAAAUGAAGGAAAGAAUGCUGAUAGAUUCCGCCGAGAUUUUCGAAACAUAAAGUGGGUCCGAGUACCUCUGGUUUUUUGGGAUUAUACUGCAUCAAAGGUAUUGACAUUGGAGUAUGUACCAGGUAUCAAAAUAAAUGAAGUGGAUAUGUUCACUUCACGUGGUUAUGAUCGAUUACGAAUCUCAUCACGUACAAUUGAGGCAUACUUGAUUCAGAUAUUGAGAACAGGUUUCUUUCAUGCUGAUCCACAUCCUGGAAAUCUUGCUGUUGAUGUUGAUGAAGCAAUUAUUUAUUAUGACUUUGGCAUGAUGGGGGAGAUAAAAUCUUUCACCCGAGAGAGACUGCUUGAACUAUUCUAUGCUGUUUAUGAGAAGGAUGCCAAAAAGGUUAUGCAAUGCCUUAUAGAUCUUGGAGCCCUCCAACCCACUGGUGACCUGUCAUCAGUGAGGAGAUCUGUACAGUUUUUCUUGGACAAUCUUCUAAGCCAGACACCAGAUCAACAACAGACUUUAUCUGCAAUUGGGGAGGAUUUAUUUGCAAUAGCACAAGAUCAGCCAUUCCGUUUUCCAUCUACCUUCACCUUUGUCAUUAGAGCAUUUUCUACACUCGAAGGCUUAGGUUACAUACUCAAUCCAGAUUUCUCCUUUGUGAAGAUCGCUGCACCUUAUGCACAGGAACUUUUAGAUGUAAGGCAAAAGCGGCGCACUGGACCACAGCUUGUGGAGGAGAUAAGGAAACAAGCAGAUGAUGCAAGAACCAAUUCAAUAUCAAUGCCAUACAGAGUUCAAAGGAUAGAGGAAUUUGUCAAGCAACUUGAGACAGGAGAUCUGAAACUGCGAGUCCGAGUACUUGAGUCUGAAAGAGCUGCUAGGAAAGCAACAAUCUUACAAAUGGCUACUAUGUAUUCGGUAUUGGGUGGAACCUUCCUAAAUCUUGGUGUCACUUUGAGUAGCCAAGGCAAUCAAGCGUUUGCAAAUGGAUCAUUCCUUGGUGCAGGCGUUUUUGCGGCACUAUUUUUAAGGUCUAUGCAACGGGUGAAGAAACUUGAUAAGUUUGAGAAAAUGAUAUAA